AUGUCUUUGCCUUUUGGGGUUUCAGUUGCAGUGAAUCACCGCAGGGAGAGAAACACUAAACCUCUGUCACCGGUCGCCGGAAGAAGUUUGCCUUCGCCGGUUGGAGAGGAUAGCAGAAUAAAAGUUUUUACAGCUGAAAUUUGUAGUAUUUUGGCCCGUCUUGGCAGUGAAUGCCAUAUAAAACAGAAUGGUUUGUACAAAAGCUCAGGUCUAUCACUAUAUCUUCUAAUCUGGACGCUGGUCACAGUCGGAGUAAAUGGAUACUUUGUAGAGAUUACUUAUCUCCAAGAUGCUGUGGCAAAGGGAGCUGUUUGCUUAGAUGGGAGCCCACCAGCUUACCACGGAGGAGCGUGGUGUAACAAUGUAACAACUUGUCUUGCCCGCAAGAACACUCGUCUAGGCUCUUCUAGAGCAAUGGUUAAGCAACAUUCAUUCUCUGGAAUUCUGGGCAAGAACAAAGAAUUUAACCCAGAUUUCUAUAAUUGGAACAAGGUCGAGGUUCGAUAUUGUGAUGGAGCAUCAUUCACUGGAGACGUGGAGAAAGUUGAUCCAGCGACCGACCUUCAUUUCCGAGGAUAUAGAAUUUUUCUUGCUGUUGUAGACGACCUUCUAGCGAAAGGGAUGAAAAAUGCACAAAAUGCUCUUCUUUCUGGUUGUUCGGCUGGUGGUUUAACAGCCAUUCUCUGUGAUAAGUUCCGUGAACUUGUAACUAAGAGUGUCAAAGUAAAAUGCAUGGCUGAUGCUGGUUUUUUUAUUGAGACGAAGACUAUUGCUGGGACAGAACGCAUAAAAGAAUUCUUUAACGAUGUCGUGACAACCCAUCAAUCAGCAAAGAAUUUGCCUGCAUCCUGCACUUCAAAGGGCAUUCCGGGUUCCGUAAAGAACAGUUUGGCACCGGUGUUGCUGAUCCCCAUGGCACUUGGCACGACUGCAGGCUUGUGUUCAGCCAGUCAACUUGAAGCCAUACAAGGUCACUUAAACCCUCAUUGUACUCCAAUUUUGGAAUCAUAG